AUGUUAUUCUAUUUGGGAGCCUUAGCCUUUCUUUCUUGCUCGGUCUUUUCCAUGCCACUGAGUACCACCGCUGAAACUCCCCACCAUACACUUCGGACGAAAAGCAGUGACGACAAGAGAAUCGUUUCUGAAAGCCAUCAGCUGCUACCUCGGGCAGGGGCACCAACCCCAACCUUACAGUCACUUGGACUUCGUGCUCGUGAAUGGGAUGGUAACUGGGUAGUUGGGGGCCCCCCCGGGUUCCUACUAUACGCGCGGGUAAAUAAUGAUGGACUCACGAUGGAUGUUUACAAAAUGGAAAACCCGAGUCCUCGAUAUAUCAAGAUGCGCAGCGCAAUUGCCGCGCUUUGGGAGGACAAGUCGGACUACUACCUGCGAAGCCUGCUACAUAUCAAGUACCACUCGAUUACAAACAAAGCAACCCUAUCAGCAAUGGAAAGGGCAUGGGAACUGGGAGACUGUGGAGACAACGCGGAGUGCAGGAUUCUUUGGAAUGAGGACGUACCGUUUGACGUGCUGAGGGAUGGUCCCUUUGGGCAGGGAGCAUCAAGGAUGAUCGGAGAGUUCUCAGGGAUGGCCAGCCACUACAUUUCGUCUUUCGACAUGAGCCAAACCGGGUUGGACUUCAACGCCGGUCCCGAUCAUCCUUGGCUGGUUAUCAACUUCCGGAGGUACGGUGAUGACUGA